AUGUUAGAAAUUCGCCCAGAACAAGAGUCCGAUAAAACUGAUGUAUUUCGAGUACAUCAAGAUGGUUUUCAACGAAAUGAUGAAGCUGAACUUGUUGAUAAACUUCGAGAAAAUAGUCAAUUUAAUACAAGCCUUUCAUUUGUUGCGUUAAUUGAUAACAAAAUUGUUGGUCAUCUUUUAUUCACACCUAUUAAAAUCAAUUAUUCGUUCACUUCGAAAUCGUUUUCGAGUCUUGCACUUGCACCUAUUUCAAUUUUGAGUGACUAUCAAAGACAAAGCAUUGGUAGUAAAUUAAUUGAAUACGGAUUAAAUGAAUUGAAAGCACAAGGUUUUGCAUCGGUUAUCGUUCUCGGUCAUGAGAAUUUUUAUCCACGUUUUGGUUUUGUGCCUGCUAAAAAGUAUAAAAUUCGAGCUCCAAUACCUCUUAAGAAUGAUAAUUGUUUUAUGGCACUUGAAUUGAAACCAGACACAUUUCCGCUGAAUGAUGAAGAAGGAGUUGUGCAAUAUUUAUCAGAAUUUGGUUUAUAA